AUGGCGCCCUCUUUUGCGGGCAUGUCCGGCAGGAAACUGUCGUUGGCCGUAUCCACCAUUGCCACCAUGGGUUUCUUGCUCUUCGGUUAUGAUCAGGGUGUCAUGUCUGGUAUCAUUAAUGCCACCGAGUUCACCGACGUGUUCACUGCCGCCAAGGGUGAUAGUACCAUGCAGGCUCUGAUCACUGCGGUCUAUGAGGCUGGAUGUUUGUUCGGUGCCAUGUUUGCUCUUUUCACGGCCGACUGGCUUGGUCGCCGUAUGAUGGUUAUCGCCGGUGCCACCGUCAUGAUUAUCGGUGUCGUGAUUCAGGUCACCUCGUUCGUCGACCACAUCCCUCUGUUGCAAUUCAUGUUCGGUCGUGUCAUCACCGGUAUCGGCAACGGCAUGAACACCUCGACUAUCCCUACCUACCAGGCUGAGUGCUCCCGCACCAGCAACCGUGGUCUGCUCAUCUGUAUUGAGGGUGGUAUCAUCGCCAUUGGUACGGCUAUCGCUUACUGGAUCGACUUCGGUGCCUCGUACGGUCCUCCUGACCUGACUUGGCGUUUCCCCAUCGCCUUUCAAAUCGUCUUCGGUCUUGUCAUCGUCGUUGGCAUGUGGUUCUUGCCUGACUCUCCUCGUUACCUGAUCUCCCGCGGUAAGGUUCAUGAGGGUGAAUAUGCUCUCGCUGCCCUUGCCGGCUGUGAGAUCGAGGAUGCGGAGACCCAGCUCCAGAAGCAGCUUGUCAUUGAGUCUAUUGAGGCUGCUGGUGUUGCCGAGGGUGCUGGUUACAGCGACCUCCUCACUGGUGGUCGUACUCAGCACUUCCGUCGUAUGCUCAUCGGUUCUUCCUCCCAGAUUGCCCAGCAGCUGUCUGGUUGCAACGCUGUCAUCUACUACCUCCCAGUGCUGAUGCAAAGCUCUUUGAACAUGGAUACCUUCAUGUCCGACAUUCUGUCCGGUGUCAACAUGAUUAUCUACGCCAUCUUCGCUACCUUCUCCUGGUUCUUCAUCGAGAGGAUCGGUCGUCGCAAGCUGUUCAUCGGUGGUAUGACCGGUCAGAUGGUUUCCAUGAUCAUCGUCUUCGCCUGUUUGAUUCCUGGUACUACCGGUCCUGCCAAGGGUGCCGUCUUCGGUCUCUUCCUGUACAUGGCCUUCUUCGGUGCCGCUAUGCUGCCCUUGCCCUGGUUGUACCCCGCCGAGAUCUCGCCCAUCCGCACCCGUGCCAAGGCCAACGCUGUCUCCACCUGCUCUAACUGGCUCUUCAACUUCACUGUUGUCAUGAUCACUCCCGUCAUGGUUGCUAGCAUCGGUUGGGGUACCUACCUGUUCUUCGCUGCCUGGAACGCCGUCUUCAUCCCCGUCAUGUACUUCUUCUAUCCCGAGACUGCUGGUCGCAGUCUUGAGGAGAUCGACAUCAUCUUCGCCAAGGGUUACUGCGAGAAGAUCAGCUACGUCAAGGCCGCUCGUGAGCUGCCCAAGCUCACCGAUGAGGAGGUUGAGGCUAAGGCUCUCGAGUACGGCUUCGGUGACCUUGGUCACCCCGAGGAUGUUGAGAAGGGCAACCACAACAACUCUUCCUCUGAGAACCACGAGGAGAACCUCAACACUACUACUCUCCACGAGAAAUAA